AUGUCUAACUCAACAACCGAGCCAGUUUGUCCUAUCGACCAUAGUUCUUUACCUAAUAAUAAAUCCUCACUUCCUUCUACGACGUCAGAUGUUCACAUUUUUCCACAACAAUCACAACAGCCUUCCGCAUGUCCUGUUGACCAUAAUUCUCUUCACACUAACCCUUUUCUCAAUAAACCUCUCGCCACUCAGCCGACGAACACUUCCACUUCAACGAAAAAUGUAGGCUGUACAAGCGACACUAUAAUAAACCCAUCCAACCUAAUGCACGCAAACGAAAAACAAACUCCUAUGCCAGGCCAACGCAUAAGAUUAGACACUACUCGUGAAAUAUCUAGUAUUCCGCGCGUCGUUUCUACUAAUGACAAACCUGUCGCAAACACAGAAUCCGAAAGUGCACCAGAAGAAAAAUCAUGGGUUUAUCCUUCAGAACAAAUGUUUUUCAAUGCCAUGAAACGAAAAAAUUGGCAACCGCGUGAAGAAGAUAUGCGUGUAAUAGUGCCGAUUCACAAUGCAGUUAAUGAAAAAGCGUGGCGGGAAAUUUUAGAGUGGGAGAAAAUUCAUGCUGAUAACAAAAAAUGCGGUGGUCCAAAGUUAGUCAAAUUCGAGGGUCGGGCGACGGCUAUUACUCCUAAGGCAAGAAUCCUUAGUUGGCUUGGCUAUAAGCUUCCAUUCGAUCGCCAUGAUUGGGUGAUAGAUCGAUGUGGUAAGCAAGUUACCUAUGUUAUAGAUUUCUAUUCGGGACAACCAGAUCUUAAGCAGCCUGAAAAUAUUAGUUUCUAUUUGGAUGUCCGCCCUGCGUUAACCUUGGAAGGGGCGUUUGAUCGAUUGUAUAGAUGGGCAAAUUCAUUAAAGUAUAAAUUAAUACAAUCAUGA